GAAUUCGGAUGUCACGCGCAGGCACGAGGCCCUGCUGCACACGACUCGACGUUGCACACGGCCUGAGUGGCUGCGGUCUAUGUGAUGAGGCUAGACCUCAACUAUUAUAUCAUAUAAAUAGCGAUGUCACUUUUGAGGAAGACACAAGGUUUCACCAUGAAGCCCGCGAUCGUCUUCCUAGCGAUCUUCGCAGCCGGAGCAUCUGCCUCCCUUAAAAAAGCGGACACUGCUUUUUUGGGACAGCAACUGCAGGUGCUCAACCUGCUGAAGCAUCUCAACGAACCUCUCCAAGAUGAGGACCUUCUGGCUCUCCGCUCUAGCUUCAACCCGGAGACGUGCCAGGAUUACUUCAAGAAUCAGAAAACUCUUGAAUUGUUCAUGUACGAAAUGAAGAAAGGUAGUUUGCUUGGUCGAGACGAGAUAUUUUCUCUUUUCGAUACCAAGCACCGUUACCAGGUGAAGCUGCUCUUCAACGCUCUAAUGUCGGCCAAGGACUGGCCACAUUUCAUGGGCCUGUCGACCUACGUCCGUGACAAAAUGAACCAUCGGCAAUUCCUGUACGCCUUCAGCACUGCUCUUCUUCACCGCGAGGACUGUCGUGGCAUGAAGUUACCACCGGCUUACGAAAUCAUUCCGCAAAUGUUCCUGACAACUGACGUCGUCCGCCUCGCCUACCAGGCCCAGAUGCAGGGCAAACCCACUCUCAUCCCGAUGAGCUUCACCGGCAGCAUUCUAAACCCUGAACAGCGAGUUGCCUACUUCGGAGAAGACGUCGGACUUAACGCCCACCACGCUCACUGGCACAUGGAUUUCCCCUUCUGGGCUGACGAGCGCAAGGAUCGAGCGGGCGAACUCUUCUUCUACAUGCACCACCAGCUCUUGGCACGUUUCGACGCUGAGCGUUUGAGCAACCAUUUACCACCGGUUGAACCGUUGUAUUGGGACAAACCGAUCAUCGAAGGGUUCGCACCGGGCGCCGUGUAUCCAGAUGGUCAGGAGUUUCCGGUCCGUCCAGACAACAUAUUCUUCCAGGAUUUGUCCGAGCGCACUGUUGCCGAUAUGAUUGAGUUUGAGAACCGCAUCCGCGACGCCAUCGAGGCUGGAAUGAUUCACAACAAGAACGGUGUGAUCGUUUUCCUGAACAACACCGAGGGCAUCGACGUUCUGGGGUCGCUGAUCGAGAGCUCGACGAGCAGCUUGGACCCUCGCUACUUCGGAAGUCUUCACACCGACGCUCACCUGCUUCUGUCCAGAGUUACGGACCCCAAAGGGAAGUACGGAAUAACCCCUGGGGUGAUGGAACACUUCGAAACGGCAACUCGCGAUCCGGCCUUCUUCCGCCUCCACAAGCACAUCGACAAUCUCUUUAAGGAGCACAAGGACAGACUACCCCCGUACAAGUACGAUGACCUAGCCUUCCCCGGUGUAGAAAUAACGGCUUUGAAGGUCGUCGGUGAGUCCAAGGCCUCCGAUCCCAACGUCCUGGUGACGUACUUCGACGAAAGUCACAUCGAUAUCGGUAACGCCGUCCAAGGGAAGCCGGUCAGCAUCCGUGCUGUUGUUUCUCGCCUUAAUCACGAACCGUUCAAGCUAGUUGCCACCGUACACAGCGACAAGAACACCCACGCCAUCGCCAGGGUCUUCCUGGCCCCGUCAAAAAGCUGGUUCGGCGAAGACAUCCCAUUGGACGAGGCGCGCUGGUCGAUGAUAGAGCUGGACCGAUUCCCAGUUGAACUGAGAACUGGCUCGAAUCUCAUCACUCGUCGAAGCAUCGAGACUUCCGUUACGGCGUCUGAGCCACUCAGCUAUCCCGAGCUAAUGAAGCAGACGAAAUCAGCUCUCCUAGGCGAGAGCAUCUUCGAAGUGGACACUCUGCACAGACAUUGUGGCUUCCCCCACCGCCUAUUAAUCCCUCAAGGCCGUCGCCAGGGAAUGGACUUCAAGCUAUACGUCAUCCUUACCGACCUAAAAACGGACCUCCAUUCGACCUUCGAGCGUCCCUACAUGAUGAAUGAAAUUCCAGCCCUGAGUUAUUGCGGCGUUCUCGACGGCGCCUUCCCUGACACUCGUCCCAUGGGAUUCCCCUUCGAUCGCCGUAUUGUUCACUCCAACAACUUCCAACAGGCAAAUACCAAGGUAAUCGAUGUUACCAUCAAGAAUGUCAAGUACCAAUGAUCUACUGUCUAUGAUCUUCAUUACACAAGACUGACUAGAUUGUCAUUAUAUUAUUACAUAUAUAUAUAUAUAUUCUUGUUCAACCUUUGAUAUCUG